GUAGCCCGGUGCAUCCGCGCCGCACGCGUUGUUUCCAAGGCGUUCAUAUAGCAGAAAAAAAAUAAAGUGGCAUACGGUGCAUAGUGACAGUGGACAAAGAUGAAAUCCGCACAGCUAUGCGUUCUCGUUGUGCUAAUUGUACAGAAAGAAGGAAAUUGCCUUGAUGCAGACAAUGAAUUCAAGCCGAUGCCAAUACCAGUCAACAACUGGCACUAUGACUAUAGAGAAUCUCGACUCGGAACAUCACACGACACCGUCGACACUAACCACAAAACUCCAGAUUCAAUCAUACAGCCGCGGUAUUGGGAAGACGCUUUGAGACACAGUGUCUAUUUAACACUAGUAAGAGAUAAAAUUGAUCAACUAAUCGCUAAAGAUUCCAUUAUAUCUCCAAACAACAAACUAGAGCAUCAAGUCUCGAAGGAAGAGGAUGAUCAUAAUUUAUGGGAUAAAAUUAAGAAUGCUCCAUUCGAUCGAGUAAAAGAUGAUGAGCAUCCUACUUACGGCGAUGUCACUACAAUGGCUAAAGGAAGAUUGGUAGAAGAUGGGGAAGGUUUGCGAUUCAUUGAAGAUGAAAUUUCAAUAAAAAAAUGUGGCGAGGAAUCGUGUAUGAAAGGCGUUAAAGCGUUUUGGUCUGUGAAACGUGUCAGACAGAGAGACGAUAACACUUCAUCAGGAAAGUAUCACUAUGAGCUAACCUUCUCUGUAUCUCAAAUACCAAAAAAGCAACAUAAGAAACCAUAUGAAAAUCAUAUAAGAAUAUUCACGGUCCGUGAAAACCCACCCGAUGUUAUUGUAGGAAAACCUCAUGAUUAUCGACAUUACAUACCAAUGCAUACUCAUACACCGCGCCCAGAAAGAUCUGUCUGGUUUCAUAAGAAUCUAGUACCAAAUCAAUAUAACCAAGGCCGUCGAUAUCAGCAUAGUCUAGAUAGAAUCUUUUCAUCGUUAUUCUCUGACGAUGAUACUCAAGCUGAGCCACAUAAAUACAAGCCUAGUCCAUAUAUACCUCCUGUCUACGCACAAAAUUCCAAAUUAAGUUAUGGUGGUACGUCAGUUGAACAAUAUCAACAAAAAAAACCAAUGACUUAUUCAUACAAACCUCAAUCAUAUAAAUACGCCCGUCCUCCUCUCUCAGCUCCACCUUUAUCCCAUUUUAGUCCACAACAAUAUAUGGAUCAUGAGACACGUUUAGGCAAUUCAUUUAUAUCUACCGAUCCAAGAUAUGUUGCUCCAAGUAAUAUAAUUAAAACAACUAGACCUGCUGUUUUACCAACUCCAUCAGAACCAAUUGUAAUGACAACUACUAGAAACUACAGUCUUGACCUAAAUGCCAAAUAUAACAUAGCAGAAAAUACAACGAAAGAUCUGGAGCCUACGAUUUAUCAUAAAGUAUAUAAUAAUAAAUCCAAGCCAACGUCUGUUAAAAUCAGCUAUUUUUCAGAUCACAUAAGACCUCCAGUAUUCAAUGCACCGCCAGGAGUAUUUGUAACUAUGGAUAAAAAACCUUUUAAGCCUAUGCCACCAAUGAAAUUGCAUUCUCCAAAACAUGUCAAAACCAGACCUUUAGAUUUUCGACCAAGCCCUCAACUCGAUGAUAUGCAAUACUCUAACCCAGAUUCUAUAGUUGAAUCAGCAUUUAGGCCGAUUCUCGUAAAUUUAACAAGUAAUUCCAGCAAUAAAAGUAAAGAAAUCGAUACUCCUAAUAAAGGCCUCAAGUCCUCAACGAAUAAUAUAAGAAAACCACCAAAAAAACACGAAACCAUAAAAUCUCAAAAACAUACUACAUCUGCUCCCGAUAUAAUUACUGUUCAUAAUAAUCCCAUUGAGGAUAGUGAAUCCAUAGAGUGGGCUAGCAUUAUAGGUGCAUUCACAAGAACUACACCUAUGGUAUCCCAAACAGAAAAAGUAGAACCUAUCGAGAAUAUUGAAACUACGACAGAAGUAUAUUCGCCUACUCCUGUUAUGAGAAAGAGAAUUACUACAACCUUAGUUCCAGAUAAUAUAACUACAACGACACUUAAACCUAGAAAACGCACUCGUCCCCCACCAAAAUUCUCAAAACCAGAAAAAAGUAAAAAGCAUAAACGCAUUACAUCUACAACCAAAGCACCAGAGAAAAUUCAGGUAAAAAAACCGUCUGACGAUUUGACACCUCAAGCAAGCUCCGCUGCUACCAAACCGAAUAAAUCAUGGAAACCAAAAAUCAGCACACUAUCUACUACUCCAUUGAUUAUUACUACAGAAUCUACAACUCGAACAACAACUUUCACAACAACAACAAAGCCAACAAUUACCACUGCCAUUAAUUUUAAUAAUACAACAUACAUAGAACAUACGCUUGGAACAACACAACCGAAGAAUAAAAACCGUUUCAGACAAUCUACAUUAGUGCAAAAAGGAACAUCCGUCAAACAUGACAAAUGGAGUACAAGUAUAAAGCAGGAUCAAAACAAGACCAUAGUACCACCAAAAUCGAAAUACCCAAGAAGAAAGGGUUCAAAUUUUCAUGGAUAUGUAACGCCAUCUAGUCAUAAUAACGUCGAUACAGAUCACAAAACCGAAGACCAUACUGAUCAUAUAUACACUUCACACAAAUUAGAAUUAGACAGCUAUACUGAAAUUAACAAUCGAAACACAUUGGAGACAACAUCAUCACCUUCAUAUGAAAAUACCGCAGAUCAAUACAAUACCAAUAGCGAAUCACCAGCAGAAUUUGAUCAAGAUGUCAAGUCAGAAGAAGUAUCGAAUACAAAAGAUACAGGUGAUCAAAGCGAAUACAUAUUUGAUGUAACAUCCACAUUAGCAAGUGAGACUAAUGAAAUAAACAAUCCCGAAGAAAUAAUAGUAACUGAAAGGACAGUAAUAGCAUCCUCUCAUUCUGUUUCUAAGAAUAAAACUAAAUGUAAAAAGAAGAAACACAACAACCUCGCAGUGACAGGUGAACUUAAAGAAUCGUAUAUAAAUCGACAAGAACCAACAUCAACCGCAACUACAGUCACAAAUACUGUGACUGAGGUCUUAGAUGACUUAUCAGAAAACUUUACAUAUGAUGAUGUAACGGAAAAUAUAAAAAAUACGACGCCUUCUAAACCGAUAUUACGUGAAGAAGAAAGUAAGAAACAUGAAGAAUAUCUUCCGAUAGACGAAGAUUUUGAUGAUUUCUUUAGUAACUUAGAUAAUAAGAGUAAUCCUGAUGAUAAAAAUGAAGAACAAUACGAUUAUGAAGACAACGAAAAUGAUCCCCAAACAGAUGACUUUUCGCCAUUCGACAAUGAAGACGAAGACGAAUCCCCUAAAGAAGCUGAUGACGAUACUUACGAUGACUAUCCUGAACGGUCGCUUAGCUUUCUAGAAUUAAUGGCCAUGGAAUAGACUGAACAGAAAUCUUAAAAUAUUACUAAAAAAAAGGAGAGCGAAUUCUCUUUGUUUUAAUAGUUUGAGUGAGAACGUUAUAAUCAUUGAACAAAUUUUGCUAACAUUAAUCAGCAUUUCUAUAUGUGGAACGUAGCUGCAAAAUAAUGACUAAUUUUAUAUAAUACUAUUUUGUUUCAUACAGUACCGUAAAAUAUUGCUCUUGUUCAUAUAACAAUAUUAAAAUAUGAUGUAUUACUGCUUUUGAGAACUAAAAUUAUAGUGUAGAUUUUAAGAAAUUUACACCUCACAUUUCUAUCAUUUAAUACUGAAAGAAUGACAACACUCACAAUUAUGCUUUACAAGCAAUAUAUAAGGUGGAGAGGUACCUAGUCAGGCGAAGAACUAACUACACCAACUUAUAUAUGGAUAUAUAAAUACUAAUCUAUAAUUAUGUCUUGAUUAUAAUUUCUCAGAUGUCUUUACUUGAAAUUAUACCAAACAUUCAAACAGACAAUAAGAAAUGAAGUAUUAAAACAUAUGCAUCUAAUAAAUCAUAGCAAUAGCGAAAACAAAAUAACAAUCAUAUGAAGCAUUUAUUUUAAAACGCAUAGCUAAAAUGUAAUGUCACAACAGACAUGUAAUGUCAGUACGAGUAAAAUCAGUGUUACCUAAAUGUAAAUAUUUUCAAUAUUUAGAUAAGACUAGACUAAGUUAAAAUAUUU